AUGGACCUGAGCGCCGCCGCCGCGCUGUGCCUCUGGCUGCUGAGCGCCUGCCGCCCCCGCGACGGGCUGGAGGCGGCCGCCGUGCUGCGAGCGGCGGGGGCAGGGCCGGCCGGGGGUCCCGGGGGCGGCGGCGUGCGAAAUCCCGUCCCGGCUACGGAUCCGGCCGCCGCCCCGGCCGCCGUGGUGUCGCGGCUCCGCGUUGCGCGCCGCGCAGCCGGCUCUGCCUUCAGGAACGGCUCCGUGGUGCCUCACCAGUUCAUGAUGUCGCUUUACCGGAGCCUGUCCGGGGGGGCUCCGGCCGAGGCCGCAGCCGCCUCCGCCUCGGGUCACCACAGUCACGCGGACACAAUCACCGGCUUCGCAGACCAGGCGACUCAAGACGAUUCCGCAGCAGAGACUGGUCAGAGCUUCUUGUUCAAUGUGUCGAGCCUCACGGACGCCGAUGAAGUGGUGGGCGCUGAGCUGCGCGUGCUGCGACGCCCAUCUUUGGAGCCAGGUCCCCUUGGCGCAACUCCGCCGCCGCUGCUGCUGCUGUCCACGUGCCCCGGCGCCGCUCGCGCGCCGCGCCUGCUGCACUCGCGGGCCGCGGAGCGCCUGGACGCCGCGCGCUGGGAGGUGUUCGACGUGACGGACGCCGUGCGGCGCCAGCGCCGGGAGCCGCGUGCUGGCCGGGCCUUCUGCCUCCUGCUACGCGUGGUGGCCGGGCCCGCGCGGAGUCCGCUGGCACCGCGGCUUCUAGGCUUAGGCUCGCGAAGCGGAGGCGGCGCCGCGGUGGAAGAUCGCGCGCUGCUCGUCGUUUCCUCCCGCACGCAGAAGAAGGAGAGCCUUUUCCGGGAGAUCCGCGCCCAAGCCCGCGUGCUCGGGGCAGCGCUGGCCGCAGAGUCGCCGCCUGACCCGGGACCUGGUCCCGGUGUACUGAAGGUGGUUUCCAGCGGCCGCAGGCGCAGACGGACCACACUGACUGGGGCUCGGGCGGCGCCGGGCAGCGGAGGGGGCGGGGGCCGGGGCCACGGGCGCAGGGGCCGGAGCCGCUGUAGCCGCAAGCCUCUGCACGUGGACUUCAAGGAGCUGGGCUGGGACGACUGGAUCAUCGCGCCGCUGGACUACGAGGCGUACCACUGCGAAGGCGUUUGCGAUUUCCCGCUGCGCUCGCAUCUCGAACCCACCAACCACGCCAUCAUUCAGACGUUGCUCAACUCCAUGGCGCCCGAUGCGGCGCCGGCCUCCUGCUGCGUGCCCGCUCGCCUCAGCCCCAUCAGCAUCCUCUACAUUGACGCUGCCAACAACGUGGUCUACAAACAGUACGAAGACAUGGUGGUGGAGGCAUGCGGCUGCAGAUAG